AGUAUUGUAACAAGUUAUCUCACCGAAGCCAGGUAGACCAUCAUCACGGACAGGUUGAGAGACUUCACUAACACCGAGGGCCGACACAUCAGCACAAUGACACACCUGGUGGGGAAACCUUUCUUCACACACCUGUGUCUGGACACACAUCGCUACACACAAGUGAUGUUGUUUUGUGUGUACUUGUAUUUCCUCUCAGCUGUUCUUGCUUCUGAGAACGUGGCGCUGAGGAAGCCUGCUCGUCACAUCUCUACUUAUAUACACUUAUAUACAUCGGAGACGGCUGACAAAGCCGUGGAUGGCAACACCGAUGGUAACAUCUCUCACUACUCCUGUACCCACUCUAAUGACAUCUACAACACCUGGUGGAAGGUGGACCUGAUGGGCUUCUACAACAUCACCAGCGUGCAGCUCUUCACGAGGACAGAUUGUUGCUGGGAGAGAUUACAAAACUUCGAAGUCCGUGUAUCUGGCACUGACCCCACGACCUUUCCGUCCGGUGAAGGACAGCAGUGUAUCUACUAUGGAAAUCAAGUGGCUCUAACCGGAACUUUGCUCAACUGCACUCGUCCAAUCACAGGUCGCUUCGUCAGUGUUUUCAAGCCUGCCGACGAUGUUCUCACCAUCUGCGAGAUUUUUGUCUUCGGAGCGAAGCUCGACACCGGAACCUACGAACUAGUGCAGGACAACUCCCGCCUCAACUCUUCCCGUGUGACGUCACUAACAACAGCGUCGCCCUUUGGCUGCGGUGUGAAGUGUCUUAGUGACGUCACGUAUGCGGCCUUUAACGUCAUGGCGUCAGGAACACGUUCACAGUCCGGAGUCACGUGUGAGCUUGUGUGUGUCACAGAGUGGGUGACAACCAUGACACUGCAAGCCAAGACCGGAUGGAGAGCUUACAAGCGCCUGUUGGAGGGUUAAUGUGACGUCAUGGACAAACACCAACGUCUGCAAUUAGUUAAUGAGGAGAAAAUUACUUUCAACGUAUUGAAUUCAUCUGUGUACUUUAUUUUUAUAUUUCAUAUUUAAAGUCCGCUCUGCAUGUUUGAUGUUUGAAUAUUAUGGGAUAGACAGGCUAUGACGUCUCAGUUUUAUUUUUUAUCUUAAAAGUUUUUAUCUGUUUUUAAGUGUGUUUGUACAUGCAUUAAUUGACUAACAAAGAUCCAAGAUAAAACAAAAAGUACUACAUAAGGUAUUAGUCUACAGAUUGUACACCCUAACUACUUGUGGGAGAUUGAAGAACAAUCAAAGCCACCUUUCAGACUCCAUCCAUCGUUCAUUCAGCGGCUGAUACAUUGCUGCUCAACUUUCCCUGAACUGUGCUCCGAUGGCCAGCGCCCGUCCCCCAUAUGAAGUAUUGCUGUAUAUGACAGGGCAACAACAGUUAUAGUAAUGCAUUUCUUUUUUAUCUCAGUUAUCGUGUGAUAUAUGAUACUACCAAGUGAAACUUUUAUGCCACUAACAAAAAUAAUGUUUAUGUGAGACCCAUUCAUUUUCAUGAUAACUAAAACACUCAGAAACAAACACACACAGUGGAAACACAUUUUUAAGUCUAGUUACAUUUGCUUAGAAGCUUCCAGAGAGUGUGUGUUAGGGUUAGCACUACUCGAAGCUGAACUUGUAUUGUGGAUGGACUUGGUAGAUAAAGUUAAUACCACAGAUUCUGACAUUCACCAAGACAUACAGCAUUUUAGCAUUAUAUACUCCGUUUUGAUAUAGUAUAUCAUCCUUCAUUUACUUAGACACUUAUAUACAUAUGCUUAAGUGUGAGGGAUU